AUGCUUGAAACUGAUGCAGAAAAUAAGCGCCCCGAAUUUCUAGAGAAAUCCAAACAAGCAAUGGCAGAAAUUCAGGCAAUAAUGGGUGACCGUUCCAUUACGAGUCCAAGGAUGAUCGAUGAGUGGCUGCGGCACUUUCGAGUACAUCGACAGUUCCCAAAUCCAUUGAUGAAAGAAAGGUUUGGCAUCUCGCUGUUUGUGAACCACCCAUCAGCUGCUACUGCCAUGCAAGAGUAUGGGAACAACAACAUCCAAAAGCUCUCACUUGACUUCAUGGGAGACUUUGUUCGUGAUACUCUUAUUCCACAGCUGGCUGCGGAGCAAAAGGUUACGAAAGAGGCAUUUCUAAAAGCAAACGGGCUUAAAAACGUUUGCUUCAACACCAUCCAUCGUUGGCUUCGCUUCCUUGGCUUCAAGCGCAGCGUGUACAAGAAAGGCUUCUACGUUGAUGUGCACGAAAGACCGGACAUUGUAGAGUCACACAUCAACUAUUGCCUCGAGCUAAUGAAACUGGAAGUCCAUUGUGCUGUUUGGGUGCAGUUGACGGCCGAAAGAGUCGUGGAAUUGAAGGAGGCGAACAGAGUCAACCCCGACAAUGAAGGCAUUGCUGUUACGAGUACUGAAGGAAUCUCGCUCCUGGAAUUUCAUGUGGAUGAUGUUUUGGAUUCCGACACCCUACCGGAAGUUGCGGAAAGUGACGACGGUAGCAAAUUUGGUGGCAACCACAGCCUCAGGCCGUCUCCUGGUGAUGAUCGAUACAUGAUUUGGGGCCAAGAUGAGGUUGUUUCCAAUGAAAAGGCGAUGAAUUCCAUGGCAUGGUAUGGGACUCACGGCCAGCAAGCGCUUCGCCCCAAAGAUUUGGGUGCUUCGAUCAUGAUAUCUGGCAUCGUAAGCAGAGAGGCCAGUUGGUUGCCAAAGCCAACAUGUGAGCAGCUACUGCGUAUUAACAGAAACAGAGAAGGCAAGACGUAUGUUGCUACGGAAGCUGCUGUUGCUGUACUGGGCAGUGCAAACAAGCCUCCUUUGACUGAGGAUGACAUACAGUUCCGUGCUUUCCGUUGGCACAUCCAGCCAGGCCAGAAUAAUGACCGAUACUGGACCAACAAUCAUACCCUCGUCCAGUUUGAGAAUGUUGCCGACAUUGUCAAUGUGAUGUUUCCAAACCACAAGCACAUCAUCUGCUAUGAUCAUAGCCAAGGCCACUGUGCCAAGCGAAAGGAUGGUUUGGAUGCCACCAGGCUCAACUUGUAUCCCGGAGGCCGGCAACCGUUGAUGCAUGACACCACGUUAUCAGCGGGGUGUCGCGGAAACUACAACAACAACGGACUGAGACUGGCAGAGGAUUGCUCCCACCUAUCCUUGGCAUCGUUACGAGAUGUGGCAAAGAAGAACAAGCUACUACCAAUGGUUGUGGAAGAAGUCAAGAAGCAGAAAGGAUGGGUAAACACUCCAAAAGGAGCACUGCAAUUGUGCAUUGAGCGUGGUUUGAUUGAUUUGAGGAACGUGACGAAAAAGAAAAAAAGCUACUACACGAUGGACGGCCAAAAGGAUCCCAGGAAUCCGGGCAACAUAAUCGAAGGGACGAGUCUUCGACUGCUGCUCGAGCAGUGUGACGACUUUCGGAAAGAGGUCUCGAUGCUAGAAUGGGUUGCGAACCAAUACGACUGGAGAGUGUUGUUCUCACCGAAGUGUCAUCCUGAAAUUACUGGUGUUGGCAUAGAGUAUGAUUGGUCGGUGGCGAAGAAUAAGCUGCGCAUUCCACUGGCCGAUCGAAAAGGAAAGGACAAGUUCGUUGACAAGGUGCUAAACGUUUGCUUCGACAACCAAGCUACUUUGACGAAGCGAGUGGUCCGUGGUUGUGCUCGCAAAGCAAGACAGUUCGUCAUUGCUUAUCUCCUGCUUCAUGCAAUCGAAGCGGCCAAAAUGGAAGACGAUGACAACGGUGGCAACCAAGCUUUGACUGGAGAAGUUUCGGUGGAAACUGUGCGGUCGAAGAAAACCGAGCUAAAAUUCGCAACGAUCUUGGCCGCUAAAAAGAUGUACAAGCGACACCGAGGCAUUGCAAUCUUCAACCGCGAUGCUGACAAAAUAUCUUUCAGUAGCAGCGAGAGCAUUGCGGAGUUUAUGAGAAAAGACAACAAGAAAUAG